AUGGCAGGCACCACAAACCCCAAGAACUACAAGUUCAACCACUCCAUGAUCCGCGUCAAGGACCCCAAGGCGUCGAUCAAGUUCUACGAGCUCCUCGGCAUGACCGUCAUCAAGACGAUCCGCCAGCCCGAGGCCAAGUUUGACCUCUACUUCCUCGCCUACGACUCGCCCAAGGCCGUCUCGGCAGGCGCCUCCGUCUUCGACCGCGAGGGCCUCAUCGAGCUGACGCACAACUACGGCACCGAGGACGACGCCAGCUACACCGUCAACAACGGCAACACCGAGCCCCACCGCGGCUUCGGCCACCUCUGCAUCGCCGUCGACAACAUCCAGGCGGCGUGCGACCGCAUCGAGAAGGCGGGCUACCAGUUCCAGAAGAAGCUGUCCGAGGGCCGCAUGCGCCACAUUGCCUUCGCCAAGGACGCCGACGGCUACUGGGUUGAGCUCAUCACGUGGAACGACGUCGCCGCGACCGAGGGCAUCACCGAAACGGACGUGUCGACCUACCGCAUGAACCACACCAUGCUGCGCGUCAAGGACGCCGACAAGUCGCUCGCCUUUUACCGCGACGUGCUCGGCAUGGACCUGCUGCGCAAGAAUGAGUCCAGCAGCUUCACCCUCUUCUUUCUCGGCUACAACAAGGACGGCGACGGCACGGCCACGCGCGAGGGCGUGCUCGAGCUGACGUGGAACCACGGCACCGAGAAGGAGGCUGACUUCAAGUACCACAACGGCAACGAUCAGCCGCAGGGCUUCGGCCACAUUUGCGUCACCGUCGACGAUCUUGAUGCUGCGUGCGAGCGCUUCGAGUCGCUGAACUGCAACUGGAAGAAGAGGCUGACGGACGGACGCAUGAAGAACGUGGCCUUCCUGCUGGACCCCGAUAACUACUGGGUCGAGGUUGUGCAGAACGAGAAGUUCACCGGAAAGGAUAACUUCUAG